CAGCGAUAGAGCUAUGAUAGGUUAAAGGAGCUGCUGUUAGCUUUUUCCAGAAUUUCAGAUCAUUUGAAGCUGAUCUCUGAUGUUCCAUGCUGGGAUCUUCAGGAAGAAGGGAUAGGUAUAGUUUUCUGUCACUUUUAGGUAACCAAGUGAAAAGAUGUGCAAGAUAACAACGGCUUUACUGGGUUUGCUAAGCCUGAGUUUCUUCUUAGAAUUAAGCAGCUGCCAUGUACGACGGAAUGCCAUGGGAAGUAUUUUUAGGAGACUAAAACAUGCUUUACCAUCACAAGGAGAUCCUGGACAACCACUGUUUCUAACACCUUACAUUGAAAGUGGUAAAAUUGAAGAAGGAAGGCAAUUAAGCCUAGUGGAACAUCUCCCAGGUCCCCAUGUGAAGAGUUAUUCAGGCUAUCUGACAGUCAACAAAACUCACAAUAGCAACCUUUUCUUUUGGUUCUUUCCUGCUCAGGUUCAGCCAGAAAAGACUCCUGUUCUACUUUGGCUCCAAGGGGGACCUGGAGGAACAUCUAUGUUUGGCCUCUUUGUUGAACAUGGACCAUAUGUUGUUCAGAAGAAUCUCUCUUUGACUGAACGAAAGUUUCCUUGGACCUCUAAGUUCUCCAUGCUGUAUAUUGACAAUCCAGUUGGAACUGGCUUCAGUUUUACCGAUGAUCCGAAAGGAUAUGCGAAGAAUGAAGAUGAUGUAGGAAGAGAUUUGUAUAGUGCGAUUAUUCAGUUUUUCCAGCUUUUUCCUCAUUAUCAGAAAAAUGACUUCUAUGCAACAGGAGAAUCUUAUGCAGGAAAAUAUGUGCCAGCCAUUGGAUAUUAUAUUCAUAGCAAUAAUCCUACAGCAAAGAUAAAGAUCAACUUCAAAGGUGUUGCCAUUGGGGACGGUCUUUGUGACCCUGAAGUGAUGCUGGGAGGCUAUGCAGAAUUCUUAUAUCAAAUUGGCUUGGUAGAUGAGAACCAGAAGAUAUAUGUCCAGAAUCAGUCUAAUCUGGGACAACAAUACAUCCAGCAGAAGAAAUGGAAAGAAGCCUUUGAAGUAUUUGAUAUUCUAUUGAAUAGUGAUAAAACUGGAACUCCUUCUUAUAUUCAGACUGUUUCAGGAUGUAGCAACUAUUUCAAUUUCAUGCAGUGCCAAGAACCUGAAGAUCAGGAAUAUUUUGGAAAGCUAUUAUCACUACCAAACAUAAGAAAAUCUAUUCACGUUGGAAAUUUGACCUUCCAUGAUGGUUCUGUGGUUGAGGAAUAUUUGCUUGAAGAUGUAAUGAAGACAAUAAAACCUUGGUUGGCUGUUUUAAUGGAUCAUUACAGAGUUCUCUUAUACAACGGGCAACUUGAUAUCAUUGUGGCAGCUCCACUUACUGAACGAUUUCUGCCUACUGUGCCAUGGGGCAAAGUGAAAGAAUACAAAAAUGCUGAGAGAAUUGUAUGGCGAAUACAUGAUAAAGAUCCUGAAGUUGCUGGCUAUGUACGCCAAGUGGGUGAAUUCUAUCAGGUCAUUGUUCGAGGAGGCGGACACAUCUUGCCUUAUGACCAACCAGAAAGGGCUUUGGAUAUGAUGGAUAGAUUUAUCAUGGGAAAAGGAUGGAAAUAAAGUAGAUAUGGAAAAUAAAAUCCGAUAGUUGAAAUCCUUUGGAAAGUUCUCAAGAGAUUGAUUGAUCAGUAUUGAUCAGAGGAACUGAUGAAAUAUUAUUGGGGCUUUCCCCCCACUUUGGAAAAUCUGUUUUAAUCUGUAAUUAAAUUAUUCAUCUAACUUGAAUGUUUUGUUCUCAAAAUAAAUGACACACAUCUCUGUC